AUGGGAACCCAGGUGCCAAGGCAGCUUCCAUACUCGUGGAAAAGUGGCAUGUGGGGAGUGUGUGUGGCGGAGACGUGCGGCUCGGCCGGCGUCCAAUCUCGGGCCGUGUGGUGUGUCCACUCCGACGGCUGGACGGCGCACCCCUCCAACUGCGGCCCCUCCGACCGCCCGUCCCCUCGCCGCCCCUGCGUACGCGUGUGCGAGUGGCACCGCACCUUGUUUGAGUGGCAGCUGUCGGCAUGGGGCCCCUGCAGCCCCCUCUCCACCUCCACCUCCACCUCCUCCUCCUCCUCCUCCUCUUCCUCUUCCUCUGUGGUAUCAUCCGGAGAGUGUGUGACUGCGCAGCGCGGCGUGCAGAGGAGACGCGUGACCUGUUCCAGGCGCACGGACGGAGAGGUGGCGUCCGACGACCGCGUGUGCGAGGCCUUCUCCCCUCGCCCCUCCGACGAGCAGGCCUGCCUCCUCCCCUGCCCAAUCAACUGCGUCCUCUCGGCCUUCUCCCAUUGGUCGCCUUGCCUCAGCCAGAGCUGCGGUUCCUCGGCUCUGCAGCACCGCACCAGGCAGGUGCUGGCCGCGCCCCUGUACGGGGGCGCCGAGUGCCCCAGCCUCACCGAAACCAGACGCUGUCACCGCCAACAGGCGGACAAAGACAACCCACCACCCCCUUGCCCAGCCAGCCAACCGGAGCACAGCUACAGCCUGUGGGCGGGGCCGUGGAGCGAGUGUCGGGUGCGGGUCGCGGGUUCGACCAAUGGCAGAACUCGGGUGGACUUCAGCAUGGAUCCUGUGGUCAAGUCGGAGGUCAAGGGGUCAGAGGAAGUGGUGGUGGUGAAGAGACACAAGGAGAGCAUCUUCCGGAUGCAUGAUCACUCUCAUCAGCACCACUCUCAGCAGCAUCAGCACCACAACCAUCAUCAUGCUCAUCAUCACCUCUAUGCAGCAGGGGGAUAUGACAGCCACAUUGGGUACCAGACACGACAGGUGCGAUGUAUUCGCAGCGAUGGGAAGAACGUAAUGCUGAGCCUAUGCGAUCACGACAAUGCCCCCGUGAACUUCCGCACAUGUGUGAUGCCAAGAGACUGCAACGUCUCUGAUUGGUCAGAAUGGAGUCCAUGCUCCAAAACCUGCCGCACAGUGGACCAAUCACCCGGCUUCAGGACCAGGAAGCGUCAUGUGAUAGGGCUUCAGACUGGAGAAGGCAAGGAAUGUCCCGCCCUCGAGGAGAAGGAAGCUUGUAAUCUCAUUGCUGACCUGCUACCAUUGUGUCCAAGCUAUGAGUGGCAGGUGACAGGAUGGGGCAGGUGCCAGUCCCUCCCCCUCCUCUCGCAGCAGGACCAUCGUCAUGGUAAUGCUCACUUCCUGUGCGGAGGUGGCAUCCAGACCCGGGAGGUGUACUGUGCCCGCAUGGACCACUCAACAUCACCCUCGUACAAGCUGAGGCCAGUAAGGCGGGACUUGUGCUCAGGGCCCUUUCCCCCAUUGGUGCAAAAUUGCUCCACCUCUUGUCCUGAGCCAUGCCUGCUCUCCCAUUGGUCAGAAUGGGGGCCGUGUGUUCAUGAUGACUGCAGUGAGGUACCGGGGAAGAGAGGGUUUCAUGUGCGAAAAAGGUCUGUGCUCGGAGGCACAACUGACAUUACAGAGAACUGCCCACACUUGACAGAGGCCAUGCCUUGUGAUGAGCCCAUUUCCUGUUUCUCCUGGCGAGUGACAUCCCAGGGACCCUGUACCCCACUGGAUGGACUAUGCAGCAAUGGCACCCAGCAGCAGACAGUGGAAUGCAUGACAGCAUCAGGUGAGACUGUACCUGAAGAUCGUUGCCCUGGUGACCAACCUCCUACAGACUCUCCUUGUGAACUAGCCUGUGCUAGUGACUGCGUGCUUAGCGACUGGUCGGCAUGGUCGCAGUGUUCCUUGUCGUGCUCAGGCAAACAUUCCGAAGGCAAGCAGCACCGUACACGCUCAGUUCUGGCCUUGCCUGGAGAGGGUGGUGCAGCGUGUCCCAAUGCCUCAUCUCUGCAGCAGUGGCGACCGUGUGGCAGUGGGCCCUGUGUGCAGUUGCACUGGGCGGCGGGCCCCUGGGGGCCAUGCACUCCCGGGUCCCUGGGGGGCUGGCCCUUUGUCAACGCCUCGGAGCCAGAACUGGAGCCAGAACUGGAGGCAGAACUCCACCAACACAACACCACCUGUGGUCUGGGCAGCCAGGCGAGGGAGGUCAGCUGUGUCAGAGCCAACAACGGGGUGGUGACCGCAAAGAGGUGUCCCCUGUCGUCUCGUCCGCUGUCUGAGCGUGUGUGUGAGUUGCCGUGUCCAGUCGACUGUGUCGUCACGCCUUUUAGUGAGUGGAGUUCCUGCCCUGACACCUGCACUUCAGAGAACGCUACUGCUGUUACACAGUCACGACACAGGAUCGUUGUACAGAGGCCGACCAAUGGCGGGCAAGACUGCCCCGACACGCUCUAUGAGGAGAGAGAGUGCGAGCCUCCACCUGCCUGCCCCAUCUACAGUUGGCAGACCCACCGUUGGCAGAAGUGCAUUCUGGUCCCUGACUCUGUGAGGCAGGCAGUCGGGGCUUCCACCGAGUCCUGUGGCCAGGGCCUGGAGACCAGAGUUGUGAGGUGUGUGGGGGCGGAUGACAUGCCGGCCGAGCUGUGGCUGUGUGUGCGGUGGGCUGGCCCAGUGCCGGCGCGGGUGCGGGGCUGUCGCGUGGCCUGCCGGGACGACUGCACCGUCAGCAGCUGGAGCGGCUUCACUCCAUGCCAGGGCUGCGGAGGAUGGCGCACACGCACACGCGCACUCACAGGCCGUAGCAAGAAGCGUGUGCGCUGCCAGCAGCAGCCCUCCCUCUACCCACUCCUGGAGCGAGAGCCGUGCCCUUGCUCCGAGUUCCAGGCCCGAACCCAGGGCUCCUGGUCCGUGUGCCUGCUCCCGGAUGCCUCGGACCUAGCCGCCACCACCACCACCACCAGCAGCAGCUGGCACCUCGCCCGCCCUGGAGGGCUGCAGGGUCUGGAUGGGGUCCUGCGCUGGAGACCUCCUCCCCAGGGGGAGGUCAAGGAGUGCGGGCAGGGGAGGCGCUACCGUGCCCUGGCCUGUGUGGAUCACCGGGGUCACCUGCUGGAGCCCACUCUAUGUGCCAGUUCAGGUCUGGAGGAGGAGGUGUGUCAUGUGGCGUGCCCACUGGACUGCAGGCUGAGCGAGUGGUCAGCCUGGUCACCCUGCAACGCCUCCUGUGGCUGGGGGGUGAAAGUGCGGGCCCAGUGGCUCAAAGAGAAGGCCUUCAAUGGAGGACGCCCCUGCCCCAAACUGGACGUCCGAAAUCAGGCUCAGGUGUCUGAGGUACAGCCCUGCUACAGCGAAUGCAAUCAGUACAGCUGGGAAGUGGAGCCCUGGGCUGACUGUCACGCUCAUUUACCGGAGUCCGACAGCACAAGCCUCGACAGCAGGGACAGCCAAGCCAACAGCCCUCGGGGGGGAGCAGCCGACUCCAAUGGCACCACAGACACAGCGAGCACGGCUGGGACUCCCACCGGUACGCUAAGCUCCGCUUGGGCUCCCACUGAGACGCCCAGUAGUGCUGAUGUGGCUCCAACUACCACCUCCUUUGGCUUUGGCUCUGAUGUUGCUGUUGUCAAUACCAGCUGGCUGCCAGAGGGGGUGCUGUCGUGUGGCAAUGGAGCGCAGACUCGCAAGGCCAGGUGUGUCAGGAGAGGAAGCCAUGGGCGGGGACAGCAUGUGCAUGAGUCUCUGUGCGGUCAGCUCGAACUGCCAAUCACCUCUCGCACCUGCCAGCUGCCAUGCCCCUCCCACUGUGUGACAUCACAAUGGAGCCAGUGGAGCACCUGUCCAAUGCCCUGUCAACUAGGUGUGCACAGGAGGAGGGACAGGCAGGUGCUCAGGUAUCCUCAGGCAGCAGGUCACGCAUGUCCAGAGCUGAACCAGACAGACGUCUGCCUCCUCAACUCCACCUGCUUCAACUACUCCUACAGCUACUCAGGCUGGAGUUCGUGCCAACUGAAUGAGAAGGCCGUUUGUGGGCGGGGCAUUAAGACACGCCUCCACAGGUGUCUCCGUAGCGACGGCAGGCAGGUGGAGAUAAGCAUGUGUGCUGAGGAGGGUCCUUCAGAGGAACUGGCCAUGCCCUGUGAAGUUAGCUGUCCUGUCAACUGCCUGCUGUCAGCCUGGUCGUUGUGGUCAGAGUGCUCCCAUACCUGUGGCAACCAAAGUCAGAUGCUGCGCUCCAGGAUGGUGCUACAGGAGGCGGGUGAUGGGGGUCAGCCGUGUCCGGCCCAGCUCUCCCAGACCAAGCCCUGCCCCAUCAGGCCCUGCUACUCCUGGCUGCUCGGAGACUGGUCACCCUGUCAGAUAGAGGGAGCAGAGUGUGGGGAGGGUCUGAAGGUGAGGAACCUGAGCUGUGUUGUGCACUGGGGGGCGCUGCUGCUGCCUGGUGCAUCAUCCCUGGCUGAGGCGGCGGUGGAGGAGGAGAGGUGCGACAUGGGGCAGCGCCCGGCCGGAGACACCCCUGUGGAGGUGCCCUGCUCUGUCCCCUGCCCAGGGGACUGCCAUCUCACCGAGUGGUCGCCAUGGAGCUCGUGCCAGCUGAUGUGCAUGGACGGCCGUGGGUUCGAGACGCAGGGUCGGCAGGCGCGGUCGCGGGCCGUCAUCGUGCAGGUGCCAGAGAACCAGGAUGCCUGCCCCAGCCAGGUGUACGAGACACGGCCAUGCAAAGGAGGGGUGUGCCACACGUACGUGUGGAAAACAGGGGGAUGGAAGGCCAACAAGAGGAGUGUGUGGUGCCAGAGAUCUGAUGGAGUGAACGUCACAGGUGGCUGCCUUCCGCACACUCAACCAUCGGCCAUUCGCCACUGCCACCCACCCUGCACCAAGCCCUUCUCAUUCUGCACUCAGAGUGGGGUGUGUGGCUGUGAGAAGGGCUUCACGGAGGUCAUGACCUCUCACGGUUUCCUUGACUACUGCACCAGAACCCCCGGGUCCGGGGACCACAAGAAGGCCGACGUCAAGACGGGUUACGGUGGAGGUGGAGGUGUUGGUGGGCACCCCAGGCCCGUCCGGCCCCAGCUCCAGAACCCCCUCAGGGAGUGGGCCCUGCAGGCUGUGGGCCCAGAUGGGCGUGUCAGACCCUGGGUAUAUGGGCUAAUGGCAGCUGGAUUCGUCCUCAUCCUCCUCAUCAUCAUCAUGUCUUUCCUGCUGUGCAAAAACACCAAACCAGUGCCCCAUAUGGUGGUUCACCAGAAGGCCUUGACGCUGUCCUAUGACGGGGACACUGACAUGUGACCCUUGAACCCUAAGGCCAGAGAGCUCCGCUACGUCAGGACCGACCAACUCCCACCACCCCUUGGAGGCAGAGGCACAUCUUGUCACCAGGCUGGGCAGGCAGCCGCUUGGGGGC